AUGAGCUCCAAUGCUGGAGGCAGCCACUCUGGCGGCGACAAUGAGGAUAUAGAGGCCGACGAGGCAAGCAGAAACGACCAUGCGAGGCUUGAUGAACGGAUCAAAGAGGAGGAAGUGGAUGUGAGGGGUGGCGCCGUGCCGGAAGGAGAUCUAGAGCACAACAUCUGGGCGGAAGACGAGGCUUUGGCGGAAGAGGAAGGGUCUGGGGAUCAAGGCGAAUGGAGCGAGGCUUUGGAGAUGCAAGAGGACUAUGCUCAGCUUGAUCAUGGCCGUGCUGAAGACUCAGAUGAUGUCGUGCCGGACGAGGGCCCAACAACACCUCGAAUGCAGAGCCCUAUACCAAGCCCAUUGGGCUCCGGCUCGAUUCCAGACGACACUCCGUCUUUACAUGGAUCCCUCAUGUCUUCACCUGAUCGCGGAGCAUCCCCUUUGCCAAAGAAGCGUGCAAUGCGUAACGUAUCUGGAGCAUUGCAACCAUUCGAGAGGAGAUUCGAAGCACGACCAGCAGCCGCAAGAUCACCUUCAUCUCGAACAGGGUCGCCCGCUUUCCUCACCCCUCAUUCUCGCCAGAUAUCGAUAUCCUCGCAGAUCUCGCAGAUAUCUUCUCAGGGAGGUUCUGCAGACACUGACACGCCGGAAGCGCCAUGGGAUGUUGUUCGAUGGACAAAGCUGCGAAAGAUCACGAGUCAAGCGUUCUCUGAGGCAGGCAGACGCAACUUUGGCCGACCGACGUGCCUCGCAGUGUCUGCUUUGAUUGCUGUUGGGACUUCGAAAGGGCUUAUCCUGGGGUUCGACUAUCAUCAGACCUUGAAGAUCAUCAUCGGUCAGGGAACAAAGGCAACAGAGUGCGGUAGUGUGACAGCUUUGGCUAUUGCCGCGGACUACUCUACCAUUGCCGCAGGCCAUGCAAACGGCCAUAUCUUCACCUGGGAGAUCAACAGACCAUCGCAGCCAUUUCUCAGGAUACCGCCAUUAGAGCGGAAUGUCUUGCAGCAGAAAGAACACCCGGAUGGCCACGUCGUCAAUUGCGCGAUCUUACAUGUAGGCUUCUUGGGCACACGGCAUACUGCUCUGGUAUCGGCGGACUCGUGUGGCAUGGCUUUCUCACAUCUCGCAACUCGCGGCUUGGGUCCAGUCACUCGCACAAUCAAGUCGACGAGACUUCUAGGCAGAUACCCACCUGCUGACCCUCAAAUUGAACGAAGUCGCAAGCCCAGCUCUGUUCUAGCAUUCUCUCCGCUUCCUCUGGGUAACGUGGAGCAGCCGACAGACAACAUGGGAUUAACAGCGCUCUUGACCCCAUAUCUGCUGGUCAUUGUUUCUACCACCCCGGUGGCACAGACUCAGCACAAGUCAGCAAGACCAAAGGAGAUCUCUCCCCACAGCACUCUAAGCGGUUGCCUUGCUUGGUUUCCAGCUGUGAAACUGAAGACCGCUGGAACUUACGCUGGCAAAGGCUCAUCAGACACGAAGCUUGUCUAUUGCUGGUCAAACGUGCUUACGGUGCUUGACGUGAAAGUGGUUGACAGUGGCGAGCCUGUUGAUUCUACGAAGCCGGCCAGCCUCGAGUUCCACUCCCGGAGUCGAUGGCGGGCAGAAGAGGCCAUAGUCGCUGUCCAGUGGUUGGGAAGAUCAGUCCUCGGCGUGCUCACGAUCAGUCAACGACUUAUGAUAGUCGAAGACGGGUCGCUUCAAGUCACCGACUCUAUCGACUUGCUCCAUCGGCACGUCUAUCACCAAGACUUGUUCUCGCAGCAAUUGAAGAGCGUGGUUGAACAGCUCAACUCCGCCGAGCCGUCGCUACACGGUGUUGUUGCGGAUGCUUUCUACAUGAGCUUCCGAGUCUAUAAGGGCCGGACAUUCUUGCUUGGCUUCAACGACCUGACAGUGGGUACAUUGUCCAAUUGGGCAGACCGUCUGAUGGCCUUGAUGGAAGCUGGUGAUCACAUUGCAGCCAUCCGCCUUGCGACAGAGUACUACGGCGGAGGUGCACACAACGUGACCGUAGGCUUGCCCGACGUCGAUAGUGCUCGCCACUCCAUGGUGAGGGAGCGGUUGCUUGCAAUGAUCUCCGCGUCGCUCAACUACACAUUCUCGCAGCACGAUGACGGUCGCGAGACCAGACUUCGGGAACUUGCAGCGGUGUGUUUUGAUGCCUGCGUCAUCAUGUGUGAACAAGACCACCUGUUUGGAAAUGUCUUUGAAAUAUUUGAGGAUGCCGACGAGGAAGAUAUCUUCACCUUGACGCUGGAACCAUUUGUGUUGGACGACGAAGUCACUUCAAUUCCGCCUGAAGUCGUCAAGACCAUGGUCGCCUACUUCAUAUCAGAAAAUCAAGCCGCUCGACUCGAAGAGCUUCUAUGCAGGCUUGAACCGUUGUCCUUCGAUCUCGACCAGAUCACUAUGCUAUGCAGACAGCACAGCCUGUUCGAUGCACUUAUCUACAUCUGGACGCAAGGCAUCGGCGACUUUGUAACACCUUUGAUCGACCUCAUGUCUGUCAUUAAGCUGCUCGACGACGGUCCGGACGAUGAAGAUAUCACCGCCAAUCCUUUCUACGACUCUGCCAUGAAGACAUACCCAUACCUCGCCUACUCGCUCACUGGAAGGAGGUAUCCGGGCGGCGAGUCUUUAGAUGACAAUGUUGCUCUCCAAGCCAAAGCUGAUCUCUACGAGUAUCUGUUCUCCGGCCGGCCGUCUUCAUGGCCUCCAGGGGGCCAGAAAUCAUUCCGGACGGCGACGAACGCCCAGGACGAGCCUGCAUUCCCCUAUUUGGUUCUGCUGCUGCGCUUCGAUACACCCAGUUUCAUGAGCAUGCUCAACGAAGCAUUUGAAGACGCUUUCCUGAACAGCUCUCCUGAUGAGUCCGAUACCAAUGGCGCUGGCAAGGUCAACGGCGUACAAAGCAGACCGGCAUAUAAGAUGACGAGGCAGUACGUGAUCAGUAUUCUACUCGACGUCAUGAAGCAAGGCGAUUUUGAUCCAGAACAGAUCAUCUACAUGGACAUGUUCGUCGCACGAAGUCUACCGAAGUACCCAGGCCAGCUCGUCCUCUCCGGCUCGUUGCUCAACACUGUUCUACAGCAACUCUGCAGACCGCCUACCGAAGAGUUGCGGGAAGAAUGCGAGCUCAGCGUCGAGUACCUUCUGUCUGCUUAUCAUCCUUCAGACCAAUCGGCGCUGAUCAAUGACUUGCGCGAAGCUCGCUUCUAUCGAGUGCUGAAGUCCGUGUACAGGGGCGCCAAAAUGCUCAACGAGCUGCUUGAGACGUACUUUGAGGAUCCUAAGGAUAAGGGCGGCGUCUUUGAUCGUAUUGCUUACUGCUUGCGUUCAAGCACAGGACUCAACGAGAAGCAGCGGCAAAGCAUCAAAGACGUCGUCCAAGCGCACACAGAGGAGCUGGCCGAAAUCAAUACAGUGCUUCUGGCCAGGACACUUGCCACACACGCAUUCGACCUGCUCCAGCGGUGCAUAGCGGACUUGCAGGACUCAUAUACGCAAUUUGUGUUUCUGCGCGCUUUACUUGAGCCCACACUGUUGCGAGAUCAAACUGCCUCUGGAUACGGCCCUCUGCCACAAGAACAACAGUCUGCUUUCGUCGAACACUAUGUACAGCUCAUGUGCAAGCACGAUCCGACUCAUGUAGCUGACUACGUUGGCUUACUGCCUACUGGCGACCUACGCCUUGAUGAGGUCCUACCCGUGAUGGAAGACAGUGGAGUCGUGGAUGCAGCUGUUGUGCUUCUCACCCGCGAUGGCCUCGCCCGAGAUGCAAUGGACCGUCUGGCAACCCACCUUCAGAGGCUGCAGCAUACGCUCGUCGAGCUCAUUGAUGCCGCUGCCGGAAGUCCAGACUUCCGAGGCACGCAGGAAGCGGCCCAAGAUCUUGUUGACGGCAUAGAAAAGUACACCAAGGUCGGUAGCUGGCUGUGCCAAGGGCAGAGCGCGAACGCACAGCGCCGACCAAGGCCUCGUACAAACCUUGCUUGGGAGAUCAAGGAGGAUGAUCUGGACCUUGAUGAAUACCUCUGGCUCAACCUGGUGGACGUUGUGGUGCAAGUGACUAAAAGCGGAUCGCAGGCGCUGAGAGAUAUGGAAGAGCACCCCACUGAAGUGGAUCUCGAGGUCAUGGAUGUGCCGAAGCUGUCUUCAUCGCUCCGGUCGAACGUACAACAAGCGUUCACAGCGUUGCUGGCUGCAACCGCGACACCAAGUAUCAAAGGCACCGGCGAUCAGACGACACGAAAAGCAGCACGAGACCACCUUAGCUUCUUACGAGUGCUACGCACCUUCCUGACGCGAGCCGCGACUACAGCGCCCUCAAUCUCCGAUCUGCGCGCUGUCCUGUCGGACGUCUUCUCGGCAUACACAUUCGAAGAGGGUGUACUAUCGUUAGCUUACGACUUGCUGGGCUCGGACGUCUUUGCAGACAUCGAAGAAGCCAACGACCUCCGUCAACGUGGUUGGCGGCCCCGAACCCAAGUUUGUGAGCACUGCAAGCGCCGUGCCUGGGGUCCAGGGAUCGGCGAGAUCGUCUGGGAAGAAUGGAUCGCCCGAGAGCAAGGGCGAGAGGCCGACAAGGCACGGAAGCUGGUGGAACGAGGAGGCGGUGAAGAAGCGAGAAGGCUGGAAAGGGGCAAAGCGAAGGCUGCUCAGUCGUCGUCAGAGGAGCCGCACAACGAGGACGCACGGAGGCUGGCGCUCGUUGUGUUCGCUUGCCGGCAUGUGUUUCACAAAGUGUGUCUGGAUGCCGAUUAUAGGGAAGGGAAAAACCCGAGGCACGAGAAGUAUAAGUGUCCGUUGUGUAUAGAGCCUGCAUAG